AGAAGUGUUGAGGGGGCGGAUAGUUUUGAUUUUCUCUACAUCGUGCUUAGCCAAUAAUGUAGAGGGAACUGUUGUGCACAUCUCAGCUGGCAGACAUUUAAAAGGGAGACAGUCCGGCGCUGGAGCAAUUUGUAUUAAACCCCCCUGGCCCCUGUCUAUGGAGCGGUUAGUCUCCCACCCAUCCACAGUCCCACCAGUGUACAGUCGACUGCAGUAGGUGCCGAUCACCUCGGAAGGUGCCUUUAGAGGACUGACAGGAUCAGAUCAUUGCGCUUGUUGCAGCGGAGGCUCGAACAGGAUGGCCAACUCGACGCGUAUCUUUUGCAGUAUGGUUUUCAUCAUUGGGUUGCUAUCCUCUCCCGUGGAUUCAAAAAGAAAUCGAGGUUCACAAGGCGCCAUUCCUCAUCCUGACAAAAGCAACCCAAACGAAUCGGAGCAGCAACCGCAGCCUCCGCAGGCGGGCUCUGGGUCCCGACAGAGGCAGGGCUCAUCCUCACCGGCCGACGAGGUGCUGGAGUCCAGCCAGGAAGCUUUACAUGUGACGGAGCGCCAAUAUUUGAAACGGGACUGGUGCAAGACUCAGCCGCUCAAACAGACCAUCCACGAGGAGGGCUGCGUCAGCCGCACCAUCAUCAACCGCUUCUGCUACGGACAGUGUAACUCCUUCUACAUCCCCAGGCACAUCCGCAGGGAGGAAGGUGCCUUCCAGUCCUGUUCGUUUUGCAAGCCGAAGCGUUUUACCACCAUGACCUUUACUUUGAACUGUCCGGACCAGCAGCCGCCCACCAAGAAGAAACGCAUCCAGCGCGUCAAACAGUGCCGCUGUAUAUCCAUAGACCUGGACUGAAAACACACAGAAAUGUGUUGCGUGUGUGCUUUUCAUACUCCUACUCUUUGCGGGCAGGACUGUUGGUCUGAAAAAAAAAAAAGAGAGAGGCUGUCACACAGCCGAGAGCACGUGCCUGUCUCCAUCUGGGGAUAUGCUCCACAUAUACGAUGACUUUAAGGCUGCCUUCGUGUACUAUGAUUCUCUUCUUGCACAACGUGUGAAAAAAUAUGGACAUGCAACUCAUAAACCCAUGUUGAACUGCAAUGAACAUUUUACUCCUCACCAGUUUGCCAAGUUUGAAAACAAGCAUCACUGCACGGGAACGCUGACUUGGAAUGGGCACGUUUUACGCACGGCUUCCUUCACCCCAAUGGGACUGCAUAACCCCGGUUUAUUUAACAAGUCACUGUUCCAAACCUUCAUUGAGACAGGAACGCGUUCCGGUCCAAUUUUGUAUUUUUUUUUCAGUGAUUAUAUAUAUAUGUUUGUCAAACUGGAUGUUUCCACUGUGUGGAAUGUGAUGGAUGAGUGGCGAUAUUUGUAAAUGGAAAAUGUGAUUUUAGUUCGAUAUUCCAAGAAUCCUUGGGUUAGCCUGACUGAUUUCUGUGAAUUUCGAAGUCCAUCAGUAAAGAUUUCUUUUUUUAUUUGUAAGUUGGAUGCCUACUCAAACGUAGAGACCGUAGGCUUCUUUGUUAGUUAAAACGGACAAUGUACAGUGAUGGUUUAUACACUAUAGAGAUUAAAUAGUUGUAAAAUGUAAAGCCAUCGUUGAUGUAACCGGUUUGUUUAUUCCUUUGAUUAAAUUAUCCAUGGAAACAUAAAAUAAAGGGAUGCUGGAA